UUCGCUUGUCCCGUCCCUCUCGCGUUGCCUUUCUGCGCGCACCACGUCUGCGGCGCGGCGCUUCAGUGAGCAGCCAGUCCUCUUUUUUUUUUUUUAGUAUGUUGAGAUGAAGACUCUUUCCAGAGUGUUAUGAUGAUGAUGGUGAUGAUGGCGAAACAGAGCUGGUUGUUUUGUCUCUGAUUGUUCGCGGAGGGGGACAUUGGAGGUUUUGUUUGGUUCCUCCUCUCCGUUCUUCUCGACUGGUUUUCCACAGAAUGUGGGACGCGCGCUCCCCGCGCGGAGUCCGCGGAGUGCUCUCCUCAGCCGUGGCCGCUUGACUACCGAGGGGGAUCCCGGCUCCCUUUUCAUCCUCGACUCCCACAGGAACAACAGGAGUUUGCAUGCAAAAGGUGGUUUAUCCCGGCAAGUCACGGAGGGACUUGCCUAAAGAGGAUCCAACAUAGUUUUAAACGUUUUGACAUUUUACUUUUAUUUUUUUAUUUUUCUUAUUUUAAAAAAAUAUACAUUUUGUGUCAUCUCGAGACGUUUCACCGAAAAAGUUUUCCUUUUGCGUCACCAUGGCUGAGAAGAUCGGACCCAUAGGGUUCAAGCCCACCAACGCCCGAACCGCUCCCUCCCUGCCCCCGGAGCCCAUCGACAUCAUCCGCACCAAAAGCCGCUCCCGCAGGGUGCGCCUUAACGUCGGAGGUCUGAACCACGAGGUCCUCUGGCGGACCCUGAACAGGCUACCGAGGACCCGGCUGGGCAAGCUCCGAGACUGCAACACCCACGACUCCCUGAUGGAGGUCUGCGACGACUACAGCCUGAGCGAAAACGAAUACUUCUUCGACCGGCACCCGGGGGCCUUCACCUCCAUCCUGAACUUCUACCGCACGGGCAAAUUACACAUGAUGGAGGAGAUGUGUGCUCUCUCUUUUGGCCAGGAGUUGGACUACUGGGGGAUUGACGAGAUCUACCUGGAGUCCUGCUGCCAGGCCCGCUACCACCAGAAGAAAGAGCAGAUGAAUGAGGAGCUCCGGAGGGAGGCGGAGACAAUGAGGGAGAGGGAGGGAGAGGGAGAGUUCGACAACACCUGCUGCCCAGACAAGAGGAAGAAGCUGUGGGAUCUCCUGGAGAAGCCCAGCUCCUCGUUGGCUGCCAAGUUUCUAGCCAUCAUCUCAAUCCUGUUCAUCGUCCUCUCCACCAUCGCUCUGUCUCUCAACACCUUACCAGAGCUCCAGGUCACAGACGAGUUUGGCCAGGCCAACGAUAACCCCCAGCUGGCCCACGUGGAGGCCGUGUGCAUCGCCUGGUUCACCAUGGAGUACCUCCUUCGCUUCCUCUCGUCUCCCAACAAGUGGAAGUUCUUUAAAGGCCCGCUAAAUGUCAUUGACCUGCUGGCCAUCUUGCCGUACUAUGUCACAAUCUUCCUAACGGAGUCCAACAAGAGCGUGCUGCAGUUCCAAAAUGUGCGCCGUGUGGUGCAGAUAUUCAGGAUCAUGAGAAUAUUGAGGAUCCUGAAGUUGGCCCGGCACUCCACAGGGCUCCAGUCCCUGGGUUUUACUUUGAAAAGGAGCUACAAUGAACUGGGGCUGCUCAUUUUAUUUCUUGCCAUGGGCAUCAUGAUCUUUUCCAGCUUGGUCUUCUUUGCUGAGAAAGAUGAAGAUGCCACCAAAUUCACCAGUAUCCCCGCCUCGUUCUGGUGGGCAACCAUUACUAUGACUACAGUGGGAUAUGGUGACAUUUACCCUCAGACUUUACUUGGAAAAAUUGUGGGUGGGCUCUGCUGCAUUGCAGGAGUGCUGGUAAUUGCUCUACCCAUCCCUAUUAUUGUCAACAACUUCUCAGAGUUCUACAAGGAGCAGAAGAGGCAGGAAAAGGCCAUUAAGAGGAGGGAGGCUUUGGAGAGAGCCAAGAGGAAUGGUAGCAUAGUGUCAAUGAACCUAAAAGAUGCCUUUGCCCGCAGUAUGGAACUAAUGGACGUGGUGGUGGAAAAGGGAGAGGAAAAAACCAACAUGGACAACCACCUGUCGCCAAGCCGAUGGGGCAGCUCAACCAGGCACGCCUCCUCCGAGACUGACCUAAAAUCUCCAGCUAAAAGAAACCUUGAGCUGCAGAGCUCCCCUCGUCGCGUGACCGUCAGCACCACUGGGAGUCCGCCGCGGACAAACAGGACCCCACAGCACCUUAAUGCGCAGAAUCUGGAGGAGAUGUACAACCAGAUGACCAGGUCUCAGUCCUUAACCAACCUCAACACUACAGGCUCCAUGAGCACCCUGAGCACAACCAUGACCGCCCCUGUCUCGCCUAAGACAUAUGAAAGCCCUGAAUUUACGUCAAAAGAGAAAGUAGAGCUGGAGAUGAAGGAGGUCCCAUCCUCCUUUCCAGAUAUCUUUGGGGGCUGCUCAGCAGACUUUAGAGAACAAGACUCUGACAAAGAACAUGCUGGGCCCUGUCGGGUCAGACACCCCAGGGCCCCGCCCCAUCUUGAUUUAAGCCAACUGAGGGCCCUUGACGAGUACACUUUCCUUGGCAUCAUGCGCAAAGAUGGCCUCUAUGAGUCCGUUGACCCAGGUGACGGACUGAAGCUCCCCGUAGAGGAAGGGGAGAGCUUUAACAGUGCUGUGGAGAAUAUCCUGAGAUCUCCACGAGGGAAUAACCCUCUGGAAAUAAAGGAGUUGAAGGUCAAACUCACCGAGACCUCUGGUGAAGGCCCGCCGACACCGCCCAGCACCACCUCUCCCGGAGACAUCAGCUCCAGCAUCCUGGAAGACGACACCCCGGAGGGAGAGACGUCCCCGCUCCUCCCCGGUGCAGAGGAGCUGCUGCGGGUCGCGGAGGAGGAGACCUGCCUGUUGGCCCCUAAGAGGCUGGUGGUAGACACCCCACCGGGCGAUGAGGAUCAAGCCACAGAAAACCACAAGGAGAAGCACCGGAUGGAGGUGGCCGGAGCCGCCGUUGGACCAAAGUCACCGGCGGCAGCACACAAUUGCACCCCGGGUGUGGUCGGGGCAGGCGGGGAAGUCGAUGCUGAAAGCAACCAAAGUGGACACAAAGUAGAGAACCACAUGUUUACAACCGAUAUCCACCUGAUACCCGGGGAUGGAAGCCUCUCUCCGACUUGUGAAACCAGGAUGUGAUCGUAGGAGAACCUCAGAGGGACGAUAGACCCACUGCAAACCUCAGCCUGGUGUGAGAGCAGGAGCGAAAAGGCAAAGGGUUUAGUUGUAUUGAAAGAUAUUUUUGCAUGGCAUGACAAGUCCCUUUUACUUGUGUUGUUGUGUUUUGCUGAAAAAGAUGCUCGGUGCAGAUUUGAAGAAUGACCUUGGGGCAAACAGUGGGCUCAAAGAGGAGGCUCUUGAACAACAACGUGAAUCCUUCAACUCAUGUUGACAUCUCGGUCCUCCCGAUGUACAUAACGAGGGUCUCCUUUUUCUAGCAAAAGAAGGAAAUGCACAGAGGGACUUAUCUGUAAAAAGCAUGCAUUUAAAAAAGACAGAUAUUUUACGGUGCUUAGUUUGCUGAAAGCGCUCCACUGUAAAUACUAGGACAUCUAAAGCAAUGACAAUGCACAGGGAGGAAUUGCAAAACUGGCACCGAAGGUACAACUAUUUGUAACAUGAAAGGGAUGGAGGGGGGGGUUAGAGCCCCCAGACUGGGUGUUGCAUCGUAGCGACCUAUAAAAAAAACAUAUCAUUACCUUUUGUGGAAAUGCAAAGUGUUCCCAUGUUGACCCUGUAAUGUUUUAUCGUGUGAAAAAUGGUGUAUGAAACUGUAACGUUAACAUUAUUGCUUUUGGUUUUCAUAACGACUGUUGAACGUUCCGUUGAGCAUCAAAUAUUCAGUCUUUGAAAAACACCCCGAACACGCCUGUAGUUGCCGAACAUGUAUGUAACUAGAAAGGACAGGCACCACUACUGCUACUUAAAAUGUGUAUUACAUGGUGUCAGAAGUUGCAACACGGUUUGACAUGUUUUGUUCCUUGUGCAAGUUUUUUGAUUCAAAAUAACGAAAUAAAUCGUAUUUAUUCUCCAACAUCAUAUAUAUACAUCUUAAAGUGGUUUUAAGGAUAAAUUAUGAAAUACGUAGGUCUAGAUCGGUUGUAAAAAGAAUAUCUACGGUAGAUUCCAUACCAUGAUUCCAUAAAACAGGGUUAAAACUAUUUAUUUAUUCAGCACACUAAUCUGGUCAUUAAUACACACACACAUAUAUAUAUAUAUAUGCUUUAAACUAUAAUUGUCUACUUUGGCAAUUCAAAAGGGAUAAAAUACCACAGAAAAUGAUAAUAUUCCUUCUGAUAUCGAUGGACCAAAUCAAGCACAUUGACAAGCUUUCAACUAUCUCCACUGCAUAGUAACAUAUACAGUAAUAACAUGUAUUAUGACAGUAGUUAAGGGUUUUGUUUUGUUUUUCCUUAUGGUUUGUUUACCUGCACUGCGUUCAUUGUCCUAUCCUCAGCGCCCUUAUGUUGUUAUUGACAUUUUUUCAAUACUACUGCAAGUUAAUCCCAUUCUGCGGAAAAGUUUAAGGCAUCUUUUUUUUGUAUACCCUUAGUGUCUUGGACUGUUAUUUAUUGUGUUUUAUUGUGAACAAAAAUAUUUUCAGUCAAACUUAAACCCAAAGGAGUCCUUUUUUUCUCUUUUCUUCUUUCUCGCUUUUCAUUUACACUGACUGAAAUAUCUGUUGUAUGUUGCCUUCAAUUCCAAUUUUAGUGCUGGAAUAUUUAUUUACCAUUUCAGCAUGACACUGGGAUGAGUGUACUAGCAGUGUGUUUGUGAAAGCCACACAAACCUGAAUGGUACUGACAUUUAUUACGUUAGCGAUUUCUUUGUGGAUUGUUUUAUGGUUUUCUUUCUUUUUCCGGAUUAUUAUUAAAUAAUUUUUGUGUUCUCACAGAGAGGUGUGGAAUGUGCAAUACCGCAUACUGCAAUCUAUGCAGGCCAAGAAUUGUGGCACUUUAUUUUCUGUCUAUGGGAUUUGUAAGUGUACAGGCAGAAAAUACUUGUAUUUUUCAAAUGUUAUAUCUUUAAUACGAGGCAAAACAGUAUUACAACUACCAUAAUCUCAACAAACAAUGCAAAUGAGAAUUUGACUUUUCCUUUUUCGUAUUAAAUGGCUGGCAUCUUGAUGGCAGACACCAAUGGACCUCAGAUUUGAUUAUCUGUGGGAACACGGAUCCAAAUUGACCACUUUGGGCCUUUUAUAUUGCUGUUAGAUUUACAUAAUCUAAUAAAUGUCUGAGGAAUAUAUUAAGAUAAUCUAAUUCCAAUGGCCACACAAAGGAUUUUAUGUUUUUUGUGAAUUGAGAAUAAUUCUAUUUUUUCUAAACCAAAAUGGAGCACGACCACAAUUUCCUGCCAUAUGGUGGUUGAAAUGAUGCGUGCCUUUUCAUAACACUGCUGUUUAUGAGAAGGUAGCAAGUCAUUUUGCUUUGUUCAUAUAGCACUGUACAGAAAAUUCUAAUUUUGUAGGAGAAAUCAGGUCUUUAUGUAACACACACAAGUAAUGUUAUUGAGUUCUCAGGUUUUCUAUAACUCUCUGAUGUUCCGAUUGGAUAGAUUUUCUGUUUUGUUUUUUUCUUUAACGGCUAUUGUCAAGUAGUUACUUCUGUACUUUUUCAAAAAGGUGAUGUUGUCAAAUCCACAUUGAUGUCUUGGCUCCCGGGGUAAGGAGCGGGUAAGGAUUUCUCCCUCUUCCUGGGUAAUCCGUGCCCCACCAUUCAGUAACCCCCCCCCCUCAGUCCUCAGUGAUCCCCAACAAAGGCACAGCAGUUAGUUGUUAGAGUUCAAGAUAAAUAGACAGAGGGAGAAUGUCUAACAGACCAUAUACAUCCCUACCGUCACUAAAAUGAUACAUCUGAUUAUUUCCCAAGCUGACAGCACUAAGGGCUCCAACACCCUCCAGGGGCUCUGUGUCCCCCCGAGGUGAUCAGUAGGUGAAAGGAAGGCCAAGAUUAAAUGAAGUUGUCGGGGUUCCAUCAUACCAGUGAUCCGCUGUGGUCCAUGUUUUAUUUGUGUUUAUUUGUGGCAUACUGUGAGCCCACAUCAACAUAAUUUAACUUUGUGAUCAGAGAUUCAGAUUCUUUAUAACGAUUGAUCCCUCAUUGGAAACCCAGAUUUUUUUUGGUACUCCAAAGUAAAAUGUGGGGUCAGCGUAGGUUGAAGUGAUUUGGGGGUUUUCAGUUUUUUUUUUACCAACUAUUUUUUCUGUACCAGUACGUUAACUUUGACAUAUUUACUUUCAUCCAUUGUUUGUAGUGAUCAUGUCUUCUUGUGAUAGCCUCAAGUUAUUCUUCAUUUUGACAGAUAAAUAAGGGGUUUGGAUUCAUCAGAUGACUUCUCUUGGGAUGAUGUUUGUGUGGUGAGUGAAAUGAAUUCUGUGAGCUGACAGGGACACGACUGCUCUGUCUUACUGUCUAACAGUGGUAUUAUCCUCUGUGAUGGAGUGGAAAGGCUGUGUCUUUAUUUUCUCUGGGAGAAUGGGUAUUGUCUGUGUCACUCAUACGUGCUUACCAAACCGUGCUCCCUGAAAUGCAUAACGCUUCAUUGUUUCUUCUUAAGUCUCUGUGUAUUCUGCCUCUUACGGUUUUUGAUUUUUUAUUCUUUUUUUUUCUGUUCAACUUUUAGAGAGCAUCAUCAUUAGACACAUUCUGAGCUACAGAUUGUUUCCGUAUGAAGCAACAUCAUUGUAGGCCUAUGCAUGUAGUAGUCGAGAAGAACAAUUAUGUGAUCACAGAACACUUGUUGUUAUGGUAUGUAUGUCAACAUUUCUGUAGAGCAUUGUUCCCCAUUACGUCUAUUAGCAUAUGCAGAAUAACAAAUAAAUGUGUAUAUAACUCA